AAAAUUUAGCUUAAACUAAUUUGUCUGGCAACGUCAAUAUGUGCGGUUGAGAAAAAUUCGCGGUCGUGAAGCAAAAGCAAAAAAAUCUUUGAAAAUAUUAAAUAAUUUGAAUUAUAAAAUAUGAUCUAUGUAAAAAAGUGAUUAAUAUUUAAUUCUGAGCUUAUUGAAUAUAAAUAUAAGUGUGUUUUGAUAAUAAUCCCGAAAAACUUUAACAAAAUAAAUUUGACUGGAAUAUCUCACAUGGACUUGGUGUUAAGACAAGCUAAAAAAAAAAAAAAAAAAAAAAAAAAAAAAAAAACAUACAUGAUAUUUUAACUACUUUAAACUACUUUAACUACUUUAAAUAUUACUUUUCUCAUAUUAAUGCAUAUUACAAUCCGCAAAAGUGAAAUAAAUAUAAAUAAAUUAAAAUUCAACACAACAUUUAAUUGACACUAAAAAUUAAAACAGAAUAAAUCUACAUGUGUUUCCAUUUAUGUAUAUGCAUAUACAUGAUAUCAAUAAACAUGAUAUCAAUAUAACGUUUGAUUUAAACACAUACAUAUGAAGGAUAAAAUAAAUGCAAAAAAAAAAAAAAAAAAAAUUACGGAGAGUAAAAGAUUUUAAAAGUAACAUUUAGUGGGAAGAAUAUUGUGGAUAAAAGGAAUUUGAAGAAAGAAAUAUUUAGUGUUGUCAUCUUGAUGAAUAAAAAAAUAAAACAAGAUAAAUCAAAUACACAAUCAUUUACGCACACAAAUACAUUAAUUACCAAUAUUUUUGGUGGAUAGUUUACUAUUAAUAUGUGUAAAAGUUAGAAUUAAACAAGUUUCAACCCAACAUCUAAUUAAUUUUACAAAAUACAAAUAAAUAUUUUAAUUGCUUUAAAAAUUAUUUUUCUCAUAUUAAUGCAUAUUACAAUCUAUAUAAGUGAAAUAAAUAUAAAUAAAUCAAAAUUCAACACAACAUUUAAUGGACACCAAAAACUACAAUAGAAUAAAUCUACAUUUGUUUCCAUAUAUGUUUAUACAUAUACAUGAUAUCAAUAUAACGUUUGAUUUAAACACAUACAUAUGAAGGACAGAAUAAAUGUAAGAAAUGAUGGAGAGUAAAGAUCUUAAAAGUAACAUUUAGUGGGAAGAAUGUUGUGGAUAAAAGGAAUUUGAAAGAUUCAUAUAAGAAAUAUUUAGUGUUGUCAACUUCAUGGAUAAAAAAAUAAAACAAAAUAAAUAAACAAUACAAUAAUUUACGCACACAAAUACAUUAAUUAAUAAUAUUUUUGGUGAAAAGAAAAUAAUACUGCAUUUUACUACAUUUAUUCAUACAUACUCUAAUAAAUAAAUAAUAUAAAUUAAUACAUUCUCAUAAUGUCACCAAAGAAUCCUGUCCAGUGUCCUAUUUGCCACACGAAUAUAACAAAAACUAAUCCUAGUAUUGGAUGUGGAAGUUGUGGUCUUUACUUUCAUAACAAGUGUGCUGGUGUCACUGAACAAUUAUUAAAUGCCGUUCGUAAAAAUAUUUCUAAAUUUUUGUGUAAUGAUUGUAAAAAAGGCAUUGGAGUUGGUGAAAAUACUAACAAUGACAUUAUCAAACGAAUGGAAGAAAUUAAAAUUUCAAUAGAAAAUAAAAUUGAGGAUACCAAAGUAAAUAUUGAGCAUCGAAUGGAUAACGGAUUUUUAAACCUAGAAACUAAAGUAGUACAGAUGGUUAAUGAUUUUCGUAAAGAAGUCAAUACUGAAAUUGCUAAUAUUAAAUCGGAUGUUGCUAAUUGUUACUCUUGUGUCAAAAAUACAGAUAAAGCGUAUGAGAACAAAUAUCAUCAACUUCAAUACAAGAACAAUAUGUUGGAAAGACGCUUAAAUCGAUCGGAUAUUUUGAUAAGUGGAUUAAAUUGUACCAUCGAAAAGAUACGUGAAAACACAAUUAAAAUAGCCAAAUUUGUUGGAGUGGAUAUUAGCCUCUCAGAUAUUAAUCAUUGCUGUUACAUAAAACAUAGAAAAUACUUUAUAGUAAAAUUGAAUUCCGUGCAAUUACGUGACACCAUCAUGAAAAAUUACCACAAAUCAGAACCGUUAUUGCUAAAUAAAAUCAUAGGUGGAACCAUUGAAUCCAGAAUUUAUCUGAACGACAAUUUGUCCCCAUCGUCUGGCAAACUAAAUUAUCUUUGUCGCAAACUUUUGUCUGAGAAGAAAAUAAAAAAAUUUUAUCUAUUAAAUAUGGACAACCCUAAAGCCAAAAUCUUAUGCUGGACGGAAAAAAUAUUUUGUUGGAUAGCCAGCAGUGUGCAAACCUAUUGGAUGGCUGUUUGAAUCUUCCUGAAGAUGAUAAUAAUUAGUAAUAAGUGUAAUUUAAUAAUAUAAAAUAAAUUGUAUUUGUUAUAAAUUAUUGUUAUCAUCAGGUAAUUAUUAUUAUAUUGAUAUUAUAGUUAUUGUAUUGCAAUUAUUAUAUUAUUUUAAAAUGAAAAUUAUACAUUUAUAUCAUUCAUACUUAUAUCCUUUUGUAUAGUACUUAAAAUUGGCAUUUGAUUAUUUAGAUAUUUUUUCUCAUGUGUAGUAUAAUCACACAUGUAGUUAAUAAUUUCAUUCUAUAAAACAUAUGUAUUUUUCUCUAGGUGUACACUAAUAUAUUUAUAAUUUUUUUUUUUUCUAAUUUUUUUAAUUUUUUUUUCUCCUUCGUAAUAUUAGAUAUUUAUUUUGAAAUAUUAAUUACAUAUUUACUGCAAAUCUUGAGAGUAAUUAAUCAAAGUUAUUAAUAAUACUUUUAAAGUAAUAAUACUAUUAAAGU